AUGAUGGAUAUUGCGUUCAUUAUUGGAAACCAUUUUCAAAUUUUAUUUCAUCUUCUAUUAUUUCUUAUUGCUAGCUGUCUAUCUCAACAAAAUGUUGUUGCCAAAUUUCGUUUUGCAUACCUUAGUGCUACAAACGAACCAAAAGUACGUCAAAUUGAUGCCUCGGAGAAUGAACUAUUGGCGAAUAUUUGUGGCAAGGCUUCAUUACAUGAAUUACUCAAUUAUCCAUGGGCUGUUUCUAUAGCUUUAAAUGGUACAAAUAAGCUUGGCGGUGUAAUCAUAUCACCAUAUCAUAUCCUUACUGCAGCACACCCAUUUGUCAAUUUCAGUGGAUACAGUUUUAUUCCAUGCAAAGCAAGUGCCUAUCGUAAUAUUACCAAAUUAUUAAAUCGCAAAAUUUUAUUUGGUGGCAAAUGUAUUCGUGGUUUUACAGCCACUAAAACAAAUCAUCCAUUGUGCCAAGAAGCAGACGUAUUGGAGAGUAGGAUUCGUACAAUAAUUGUUGAUAACGAUUUUAUCAGCAAAAAUUGUACAAAAGGUCAUGAUUGGGCAAUUAUUGAAGUCGAACAACCAUUUAUAUUUACCGAUAGAGUAAGACCAAUAUGUUUGCCGUUGAAGAAUGAAAAAUUGCAAGAUAUUUUAAUGAUCUUUGGAUGGGGACGAAAAAAUGUAUUCUCAUCUGGUAGCCCGUUAAUUCAUGAAAUUCCAAUGAAACUUGACGUGAAUUGUCAAGCAUCUUGGAGUGAUACAAUGCCAACAAAAAUUGAUGAUUACAUAUGCAUGAAAUCAUUGGAUCCAAAGCAUUACGAUACACCACGUACUUGUUACGGCGAUAGUGGUAGUGGUAUGGAACAAAUUAACGAUGAUGGAAUAGCAACGGUAGUUGGCAUUACAUCAUAUGGUCUAAAAGGAUGUCCACCAAAUGAACUUGCUCGAUUCACACGAGUUGAUCGUUACCUUGAUGAUAUAUGUGAAAUAACUGGUGUUUGUUAUACCAUCCAAAAUUUAACAUUAUUUUAA